AUGAAAGCAAUAGACCAAAGGCGCUUGACAAAAACAAAGAGUGUAUCUCUUUUCCGGGAUGAACGGAAAGGAUUGCUGGCGGUCCGUUUCAGAACUGUCAGUGAAGACCUUGUUGUCCACUCUGGCACUCUGGGUCAUGAGCGGUGUGCUGGCACUGGGGCCGCCAAUUUGACCCAAGCAACAGAACGCAUCAUGAAGCGAGCAGCAAGCCGAUUUUUGAACGGACCUGGAAGCAAGAAGAAAGGUUGGCUGAAAGUUCCCCUGUACCGUCGGCUGAGACAGAGUGUGACCACCAUCACCGUCGACAGCGCAGCUGAGGAGGUGGUGAGUUCCGAGCUCAUGCGCACGGCGCUGACUCCAGGGCAGAAACUUCUUACUCCAAACCUCCGCUUUGUGGUUCGUGAUAAGACUCAUUCAAGUCGAAGAAUCACUUCGAGGCCGUGGGCAGCUGAUGAAGCACUGAAAUCCACCUUGAAUCUUUUGGGACAUGGACCAGGAAGCAUUGCGAAGCUCUUGCAACAUUCUCCAGAGAUACAGCGAAUUUUUCGCGAUUUCGCAGAAACAUCUGAUUCUCAGGUGAACCAUGUCGUCCGAAAUUUUCGGGCGGCGGCCCACCGCUUUGAGUCGCACGCAAAGCCGUUGGGCCGCACCCUGCUGCAUCUACAUGCUUGCAUCAGAACAGCUUUGCAUUUGGUGCAAACUCGAACAGACAAGGCCAGCACAAAGGCCAAGAACUGGCUACUUGCAUUAACUGAAGAGCAUUGCCUACAGGCAGCAAUGAUGGCUUCGUCCCUUCAGCUGACCCGGCUGAUGGACCAUGAAGACACUGAUCCAGCCAACUUGGGAACCGAGCUUCGCCUAUACCUCAAUACCAUCCGGGGUUUGUUUUGUGAAAAGCGCUGCCUGACAAUUUUUGGCUUCACCCGAACCAUGCUGGAGACAUUGAAGACUCCAAUAGUUUUUCAGGUCGGGAGGAAAACGCGGUCUCUUGGAUCUGCUUUGGGUGUGUCAGAAGCUGUGCAGGACACAUGCUUAAAAAGGAUGGUAGCUUUUGCCCACUUGGCUGAUGCGGCCAUUCGGGCUGAGUUUCCGUCAUUUGAGCUGGCUCAAGCUUUCGAAGUGUUUGAUUUGCGGAGCACGCCGCAAAAUCCUGAGGAACAUUUGCAGAGAAUUGCCACGGCUUGCAAGCUGAACUUUCAAGAGCUCCAUCGGCAAUGGGAAGAUAUCUUUCCCCGUGCGCAGGUUCAACUCAAGUCAAGUGGCGCCACUGCAUCCAAAGAUGCUUGGAAAUUGGCCUUGGAACAAAUAAUAGAUACAAGUCGCGGAAAAUCUGACACUGAGCGUCGGGUCAGCGCGCUGAAAGGCGCGCUAGUGCAAUACUUUGCAUUCGGAUUGAGUUCUUCAGGUGUCGAACAGGCCUUCAGCAAAGGUGCCUGGGCUUUUCACGCCCGGAGGCAACGGGCAUCUCCAGACAAAGAAGAUUUUUGCCUCAAAGUCAUUCAUGACAAUCAUCUUUAUCAUGACGAUGAAAUCUUCCAGCUGGCGCGCGUGGUUUGGCAACAAUGCUAUGGGAUGCCUCGAACUCAUGGGAGACCACGGGCGGACAAGGGCAUCAAACGACCCCUUUCACAGGAUGCAUGCACUGAGAUCAACUUUCUUCGGAAAAGGAGGCGGGAGGCCGCAGAGGCAGGUGCUCAAGUCAGAGGAGAUAUCAUCAGGAUGGACGAUUUGGAGCCAGAAGUAUGGACUGAGGCGCAUACACGUGAGCUGGACUUCCAACGACGCAAGACAAAUGCCAGGAAGGUCCAGGCUUAUGCUGAAAACUCUUUGUUGGAGAAGGAAGUGGAUGAAAAUUUGGCAGAACAAGCGGAUGAGUGCAAAGAAAAGCUAGUUCAAAACGCAUUGAAGCGCAAGGCUUUGCAGGAACGUGUUAGGCGUGCUCAAGGUGCUUCAGCAAGUGAUGUCAAGUCGGCAUUGCAAGGCUGCCGUGCAUACUUGGCUGUUCCGGCCACUAUGCAGUUGCAAUCGUGUAUUGUCGGUCAUGGCUUAGCUGAGACCAAAGUCCUUAGCCGCGCAGAUGUAAUUAUUUGCCAUGAGCCAGGUCGGUCUGUGGACUGGCGUCUCCAGUGCGUUUCAGCAGUCAGAGGUUGCUACGAGGUUUCGCCCAACUUCUUGAUGCAUGGCCGAGGGGCAGCUCUGAAAGUGACACGCUCCGCGUUGCUACCUCGUGUUUUGCUAGCUUCGCACCUGUGCGCGCGCAAUGCAGAUGUGUUCAAGUUGCUUCGAGAGGCGCUGCCAUCAGGCCAUCGCUGGGUCAUCAGCAAGUCUGAACUGGCGACUUUGCCGGAUCUCCAAGCUCGCUACCGGGCGGGUCUGGCUUACAUUGUCGUGGCCGAUGUGGAAAUGUCUUCGCAAGUUCUGAUGGGCGUCAAGCAUUGCUACUCGGUGACGAGCCUGCUGGAGAAGCUGCGCAAGGUUGAUCUGGAGAAAUCGUUUUUCGGGCUGGCCAGGUGGCUGAUGGCGACUCUGGGUACUUCUCGGACUCCUCGCGUCCUCCGCUUUGGAUCUGAUUUCUCAGGCUUGGACAGCGCCUACUUGGCAUUGAAGAGGUUGAAUGUGCCAGUUCGACAUUGUUUUUGCAGUGACAAGGAUGCGAAGUGCCUGUCACUGUUGCAAGCCCUUCACAAGCCAGAGGUGUGCUUUGAUGAUGUGACUCUCCGCAAAGCCGAGGAGGAGUCAUAUGUUGACCUCUACUUGACCACACCACCCUGUCAGGCCUUUUCAGCUGCUGGACAGGGGCAUGGCGCCGCAGAUGGCCGAGGCACAUUGAUUUCAAGCAGUAUGAAGUAUGUGCAGCAUAAAAGGCCACGAUGCGUAGUGGUGGAAAACGUCCGCGGACUGCUGCAAAAGAAACACCGCCCGAUCUACCGAGGCAUUUUGAAAACAUUCAAGAAAUUGGGCUAUGUUGUAUCUUCCCGUGUGUUGGACGCACAAGAUUACCAAGUUGCUCAGGUGCGGAAAAGAGUCUUUAUCGUAGCAAUUCGACGACGAGACUCAAGAAGACAAAGGUUUGAGUGGCCAAAGCCACUGGGGAAAAGAUCUUUGUCCGCAAUUUUGGACCCUCCAGUGAGAACAGACAAGCCAGGACGUUUGCCAAAGUCAGAAAGGCCUAAGAAGCUCGCUCGGAUGGCCAUGAGUAAAAUUUGGGCUCAGGGUGUGGAUCCUUGCAAGGUCCCUUGCGCCAUUGAUGUUGGAUGCUCAGAGCGAUACCUGACUUGGAAGGUCGGUGUAGCUCCGACGUUGUGCCGGGCUCGCGGUGGUUCGGGAGGCUUCUGGCUUUCAUCAAGAGGACGCAAGACCACGCUGAGGGAAUUGAUGCGGAUCACCGGCAUCAACCCAGAGGAGCUGCAGGGUUGGGAAGCUUGUUGCACAGGCCCCCAGUUAGGUCAGAUGUUAGGCAACUCAGUGCCUGUGCCUUUGAUCCAAGCUGUCUUGCAAAACGCCUUGUUGGCUUCUGGCCUCCUGACACAGAGUCGAAGCAAUGCUACCUGA